UCUUCUUCUCUCUCCUGACCUGGUCACUCUUCUCCUCUGCUGCUGCCUUCCACCUGGUGCAAUCUGAGACCUGACCUGCGCCGCGCUUUGCUGCCGAUUAAUGCUCCGCGCGAGUAUUACUUGUUGAUUGCAUUGUACACCAACAGUCCGACAUGGACGCUUCACCGGCCAAGAGGCGCGUACUGGGCCCUCUCGAUGCCAAUCUCCAAUCUCCCGUCUCCCACAACACCUCGAAGCAGGGCCAAGUGAAGCCCCAGGCGUUCCGCGACACGAGUCCCACCACAACUAUAAAUGGAGGCAUCAAGAGGAGCAUGUGUACAGCAGACCACCAGCCAGCCAAGCGACAAUGCAAAACAGUCUCGUGUCCUGCACCCGUCUCGUCGAAUGACAACAUACUGCCCAGCGAGGAGAGGGAUUGCUCCGCCUCGCCAGAACCCUCCUCCGUCUUUGACAAUUCCGCAAUCGAUACAUCCCAAGCGACAUGCACCACGGAACCAGACCCAGACCUCCACGUGCACGCCGACACUGGUGCUAAUGCCGAUGCCCUUGCCCUUGCCCUUGUGCAUUCGCCGCCCCGUCUGCCGCGCCCGCUGACAAUCACCCGCGAUGAGGCUCGGCAGAAGGCAGAGGUAUUACGGCUCAGACUGGGACUCGCUGGCUACAAGCUCCGGACGGGACAGGAGAACGUGCCCUUGGAACGUCUGCAACUUCGACGGAUAUCCAGCCGCAAGUCGGACCCUCACCUGGCCUGUACCGCCCAGACCAGCAACAAACCCGCGAGUCGGCAGGCGAUAUUGCAGACGAGUGACCACAGUUCGGAUCUGCCAAUACCACGUGCGGCGCGGUUGCGUGCAUCUUCCUCGCCCGAAAAGAACAGACUACCAACCCUCCCUCCGGCGUCCUCCAUGACGCCUCCGCCCCCGCCUUACCACGAGGAAGGGUGCCUCCCGAGCAAUGCCACCAAAGGAGGGGCGGCAAAAGGCUUACUCAGUCUAUCUCGCAGCUGAUCCCCGGCGUUCCCGGGAGGGUGCGGGUUGGUGUAUCAUGGAAAAGAACAUCGAUUCCUUACGUGUUUGCAUUUUCACUGUGGGACUGUGAUUUAUUUUACUGCAUGGAAGCGAGGGGGCCAUCGCUGGGAGCCAGGGCGUUGCAUACGGUUGCUACGGGGUCCUGUCACGGAGCUGGACACCGGAUCGCGAACAGCUAAGCUACAUUGUGCAGAGCUGAAGUGGUCAGUAAUAUAAUUUCAAAAUAUCUUCGUUCAUGUCCGUGUCUGUAUCUGUGUCGGGUGACUGUUCUUGAAGCAGCACGACAGGGUAGCCAUAACUUCCAUCUACAUCCCAAUCCAGGUGGACA